UCCUCCGGCUGGCACCAUGCAGCUCUCUCUAGCCCUGUGUCUCGUAUGCCUGCUGGUGCACGCAGCCUUCCAUGUGGUGGAGGGCCAGGGGUGGCAGGCCUUCAAGAAUGACGCCACGGAAAUCAUCCCUGAGCUCGGAGAGUACCCUGAGCCCCCGCCAGAACUGGAGAACAAGACCAUGAACCGGGCGGAGAACGGAGGGAGGCCUCCCCACCACCCCUUUGAGGCCAAAGACGUGUCCGAGUACAGCUGCCGGGAGCUGCACUUCACCCGCUACGUGACGGACGGACCGUGCCGCAGCGCCAAGCCGGUCACCGAGCUGGUGUGCUCGGGCCAGUGUGGCCCCGCGCGCCUGCUGCCCAAUGCCAUCGGCCGCGGCAAGUGGUGGCGCCCGAGCGGGCCCGACUUUCGCUGCAUCCCCGACCGCUACCGCGCCCAGCGGGUGCAGCUGCUGUGUCCCGGCGGCGCGGCACCGCGCUCGCGCAAAGUGCGCCUGGUGGCCUCUUGCAAGUGCAAGCGCCUCACCCGCUUCCACAACCAGUCGGAGCUCAAGGACUUCGGGCCCGAGACCGCGCGCCCGCAGAAGGGUCGGAAGCCCAGGCCUCGCGCCCGGGGCGCCAAAGCCAACCAGGCGGAGCUGGAGAACGCCUACUAGAGCCCGCCUGCCGCCCCUGCCGGCGCCGCGACCAGGCACACCCUGUUCAUGCCCCCCGAGCGUGGUUCGAUUGUUUGUAUUUCAUUUUCAAAUGCCUGUAACCUAGGGCAGGGAGCCGAAACCUCCCAGGCAGUGCGGAACCCCGGGUGCCCGCAAAGUCCCCCUCGCCCGCCCCUCCAGCGGGUCCCCCAAGGCAGGGGAGGGAGCCGAGAGUCAGACACUGAGCCAUGCAGCCCUGCCCACCGGGGCCGCCUACCUUUGCUGGUCCCGAUUCCGAGGAGGCAGGAAUGGAAGCUUUUUUUUUUUUUUAACCGCCCUGGGGCUUUAGGGGAGCAGUGGGGAGUG